ACCAAUGGGCGCGUACGUUAGACGCGUAGGUGGCUUCGAGAGGUUGUUUACUCGUGAAUGAACUCAUUGAACAUUUGACAAACGCGACGAUUCCAUUCUCGAUAUUGCCGGGAAUCGCUCAAGAUGAGCGUACGCGAGUUUGACGACCUGAAGGGAUCCCUUCGUGACUCGACAGCGAGGUACAAUCUGGGGAGACAAACAUAACCUAUUCGUCUCGUGCGUCUCGCGUUGUGUCACCGCGUCCCUCGUUGAUUCAUACUUAUUAUUGUCGCGCAUACCAAGCGGACAACUCAUAUCGAUAUGUCACGGUACGCGAGGGAGAGCAGGGAUUGAGAAUCUUGGCCGAGAAUUAAGUAACCCAGCCCAUUCAAGAUGACGGCGAUCGCGUUCCUUCUAUUUAUCCACGUUGUUUACUAUGCGUGCGCUCAAGAGUACAAGGGCUGUUUCCGCAGCUCCGCCUUGGAAUUACCCACGCCUACCCUGGCCUACGCCAGCGUACCCGCCGAAUGUACGAAGAAAUGCCGUUCUCAUUAUUAUAUGUUUGCAGCAUUGAUGAAUGGCGAACUGUGUUACUGCAUCAGCAGAUUCGGUCAGGAAGGUCUAUCGAAUAGUUGUACUGUUUUUUGCGCCAAGGAUCCUAAUAAUUAUUGUGGCAGCUAUGAAGCUAUGAGCGUUUACGCUACUGGUCAACAAGGACCAAGUCCACCGAGGAGGAUACAGGUAACUCAGGAUGAUAUAAAUGCUCUUGUAAUAACAUGGCAGCCGCCUGACAUACCUAAUGGAAACGUUACAUUUUACACUGUCCGUGCUGUCGCAAUAAAAACACACACCAGUAACAUUUUACCGCCUGUCGAGAGUCAAAUUCAGGGAGGUGCAUCGAACAGCACGAUUCUAAGAGGUCUUCAACCAGGCACCAAGUAUAAUAUAUCUAUCAUUGCCAGCAAUACGCAGGGACCUAGCGAUCCAGCGUAUGCUGUAGAGUGGACCUUGAUAGGACCUCCUGAUAAACCAUUUACUCCCAAGAUAUUGGAACGUGGAGAAAGCACCGUAACUGUCAUGCUCACCGAGAGUCACAGCGAAUACGGGCCAAUUAGCGCGUAUGAAGUAGUCGUUGUGCAAACUGGCACUAUACCUCCGGUUGGUCCCAAAGUUGAGUAUCUGAACUAUGACAGGGCAUCGAAAGAGGGUUUAAAUUACUACACUACUGCACAAUUCGAUCCGUCAGACUUUCAUAGAUACAAGAGAUUCGUCGUAGGUGACGGCAAUAUGAUUGGAGGCUACUAUAACAUUCCAUUGAAGAAUCACUUUGUAUCCGCGCAGGUUGGCCUGGUGGUGAUUUCUCGAAUAGGGACGGAAGUACAACGUUCCUACUCCGAUUUGACCAAUAACAUGUUCAAUCGCGAACUCAACGCGACGACUCAAACGGAUUCAACCGCUCUUGCAUUAUGCAUAGUAAUCACAAUCUUGAGUAUAUUGCUUGGCGCUUCGAUAUUCUUGUAUUUUGUAUUGCGACGGCGACACGAAAGAUUCAGUAUGCGGAAGUUGCCAGAGCAGCAGGAGCUCACGUUGCAAGGUCCAAUGCAUGAGGUGGAUAACAUGGGUUACAUUCCGGAGGACAUUCCCGAGAGAGUGAAUCAUUAUCAAGAACUGAAGAAGAAAGUGUGGAGUAUACCGCGCAACGCUCUGUCCAUCGACAGUUUUAUCGUGCGCAGAGGUCGAUUCGGCACUGUGCAUACUGGGACUGUCUCGAGGGAUGACGGAUCCUCUAGUACGGUCAUGAUUCACACCAUAGCUGACGGCGCCCUGAAAGGAUCCGAUAAGAGACAUAUGCUGAGAGAAUUAGACGUGUGUAUUCGAGCAGGUUCCAUGAAGUAUCUCGCUGGACUCGUAGGGACUUGCGAGACUUCCGAUACGUUGUACGUCGUACUCGAAUCACCACCGCACAUCUUGAAAAAUCGUCUGUUAGGCGCGCGAUCUGGAGGUGCAUUUCCAACAGACCGAAUAUUGUCCAUUUCGACCUCGAUAGCGGCCGCAUUGCAAUACCUGGCAGAUUAUAAGAUUGUUCAUACUCGCCUUUGCGCAAGAAGCGUGGGAUUAAUGAAUGACUGGACGCCUAAACUUAUCGGUCACGGAAUCGGCAAGUACUCUUUGGAAGAUGUCAAGUAUACCAGAUGGACAGCGAUCGAAUGCUUCGAUCGUCAGAAGAAGCAUCAGCCGGGUGCGAUCUGGUCGUUCGGUGUACUUUUGUGGGAGAUACUUAGCAUGGGCGGCACGCCAUACUCAAAUUUAACGCUCGACAGCGAGGUGGAAGAGGCGGUUAUGCAAGGUAUCCGGUUACCGCAAUUGUUGGACGUUCCAGAUCCGAUUUACGAAGUCAUGUCGUCUUGCUGGCGAAAUGAUCCCGAAGAGCGGCCAACGUUAGAUGAACUUAUACGACUGGAUACUCUGACUAUGUGUCCCAUCACCGCAAUCACGGAGCCUUAUAUACCGGAAUUGGAGUUGAAUUAAUUUCACUACAGAAUUUCAAUACAGAUAUUUUUGUACAUUACGUAAUGUAAAUUACAGUAUAUACAUUACGUAAUUACAUUAUAUUAUUAGGUAUCUUAUUGUCUAUAUCUUUAUUUGUUUAACGAUAACAUCGAGUUCCAAUUUGUAAAUAUUGUAUUCACAAGAGAAUCUCAAAGAUUAUCAUGAUAAGUGUGUAUAUAUGUGUGUAUAUGCAUAUAUAUACACAUAUACAUAGACAGAUUUUUCACGUAGUGUCUAUAUUUUAUCUUUGAUAUAUUCUAAAUUUAAAUUUAUUAUAUAAAUGUAACGUGUAAGGCAAAUCUUAUGAAGUAUUACAAUUUCCGUCCAUGUUUAGCAUAAAAUAACUGAGAUUAAUAUGUAGUUGAUCAGUGAAGAUAAGGUAAAGUUAUAACGACACACACAACAUGCACAAUAAAAUAUGCACAUCACUUAUUAUUUAAAUAUAAUAGAAAA